AUGGGUCUGUGUUUUAGUUUGGAUCAAGAGGAACUGAAGGCCCGAGCCCGGAGUGAUGUCAUAGAUAAAAAUCUACAGACAUGGGCUAAACAAGAUUCAAAUGUGAUAAAAAUACUGUUACUAGGGGCAGCAGAAGGAGGUAAAAGUACCCUGGUGAAACAGAUGAAAAUAAUUCACAAUGAUGGCUUCUCAAAACACGAGUUACGCUCAUUUAAGACAGCAGUUUUAGACAAUCUUGUCAGUUCAAUGAAGUUUGUUUUAGCAGGAAUGGGCAUGCUACGUGUGAAUUUAGAAAACCCUAAAAAUAAGUUGUAUGCCCAGAAGAUAUUGUCCUGUAUGUGUUGCUAUGAUAAAGAAUUCCAUGCCAUGUUACCAGAGAUAUACGAAGCUUUGAAAUCGCUAUGGAAAGAUCGAGGAAUCCGAUUGGCUGUUUCUAGAGGAUACGAGUUUGAACUGAAUGAUUCUGCAAUAUACUAUUUUGAGAACAUGGAUAGGAUCUGUAGUAUAAAGUUUCAGCCAUCUUGUACAGAUGUUUUACGAGCACGAGUGAGGACAACUGGUGUUAUAGAAACUUGUUUUAAAAUUGACGGUGGAGUUAUCAGGAUGUUUGAUGUUGGAGGUCAAAGGUCAGAAAGAAGAAAAUGGAUCCAAUGUUUUGAUGAUGUUCGAUGUAUUUUAUUCGUAGCAGCUUUAAGUUGUUAUGAUUUAACUUUGUUUGAAGACCCUAGUGUGAAUCGACUUGUAGAGAGCCUGAAAUUAUUUCGUGGUAUUGCUAAUAAUAGAUUCUUUAAUAAUACAGCAACGAUUUUAUUUUUGAAUAAGUUAGAUUUAUUUCAAGAUAAGAUUCGUCAUUCUGGUCGACAUCUCCGCUAUUAUUUCCCAGAUUUUUCUGGUCCUGACUAUGAUGUAGACUCAGCAGCCCGAUAUAUUCAACAUUUAUUCACCAUGCAAUGUAACAAUCCCUCCAAAGUCAUUUACCCUCAUUUUACCACGGCAACCGAUACCAGUAAUAUACAAGUCGUGUUUCAAGUUGUCAUGGAUUCUGUGUUACGUGAAAAUAUCAAGGCGGUGUCUAUUUUAUAGCGGAAGAUUACAUUGUUAUCUAUCAAUAUCAUGUGGAGUCAGUCAGGGUCCAGUGGAGCAGAGACAUUUACGCACAUUCGGGAACGAUCAUAUGAUGUGAUAGCGAAUAUAAUACAAAUAUAUAUCCAUAGCAUCCCUACUGACCCUGCUGCAAAUCUUUAAAAAUCUGUUACCGUAAAUAAUACGUACCAUGUCCAGAUGAAAACAUCAAGAAGUUGGGGUGAGACAGAACGUAAUAUUAAUGUGUAUUAAGAAAAACAUAAAGACAAAAAUUUUGAGAUGCUUUUAAGAAGCAAGGAACACAUUUAAGGUUGGGUUGGAUAAUUUUUAAAUUUUAUUUGAAUUUAUGUGGACUGCACCUGUUAAUGAUUUGAAUCAUGCCUGGAU